GUUGAUAAAUUUUUCACCUUCUACCUUGAAUGCCCAAAGUGUCGGUUCUGAUUAUAAUUAAAAAUCAUAAAAAUCUUAGAUACCUAAUCAAUAGCAUUUUAUUAAAUUUCUGAGUUUUUAUAAACAUGCAAUGUGUAUUUUGAAAUUCGAUAGGAGUGUAGAUAGUGUUUGCACAGAUUAUGAACCUUUAAAUUUUUGGUGUAAUAGUGAUAAUUGAGGUACUACUUGAGAAUUCAUCAUUAAAAUUCAAAUGGCCGAAAGGAGAUUAGAGCCAAAGCAUAAGAAAGAAAAUGUACUGGAUAAAUUGGAACCUCAAGACAGGUUGAAACAAUUGAUAAAUUACAGUAACCAAGUGGAGGUAGAUUUUCAUGUACCUCCUAUGAGGUAUUAUCGUACUGGCCUAGAAAUGGUUAGAAUGGCUAAUGUUUACUAUGGGGAAGGCAGCCUCGAAAAUGCUUAUGUUUUAUAUUUGAAAUUCAUGACAUUGUUUGUUGAGAAGAUCAGAAAACAUCCAGACCUCAAUUCGGUACCUGUGGAAGUGAAAUCAAAAAACCAAGCAAAACUUAGGGAAAUAUUCCCAAAAGCUGAGAAGCUCAAGGAACAAUUGUUAGUUCAAUAUAAGGAUGAUUAUGAGAGGUGUUUGGCUGAACUUAAAAAACAAGAUCUAGAGGAGAAAUCGAAUAUUGAAGCAAAAACAGUAGACAAACAUAAAACCCCAUCUAUCCACCCACCUCAUCAUCAAAAUUCGACCACAGUGAGAUUAGGGGUACUUGAUGAUAUUUUUUAUCCGAACUCAGAUCUUAGUUUCACACCAUCUGCACCACUACCAGCUGAUUCAGAAGAAAUACCACCUGGUGUUAGUAAAUCAGCAGACAUACCAACAAUCGACCGUACGAAAAAACCAUCUGAUAUUAACCUAGUAAGAAGAUAUGAUGGAAACACACUACGGCCUGUUAUGGUCCCAGUGAAAGUGAUGACUUUAUUUCAGGCUAUGGCACAAAGCAACACAUUCAAAAAUAUAGAGACCUGUGGUGUUCUGACGGGAAAAUUGGAAAGGGAUGAAUUGAAAAUAACUCAUAUGAUUCUACCAAAACAAAAUGGUACCUCUGAUUCAUGUACAACCAUACAUGAAGAGGAGAUUUUUGAUUAUCAAGAUCAACAUAACUUAAUUACAAUCGGAUGGAUACAUACUCAUCCAACCCAAACAGCAUUCCUUUCUAGUGUAGAUCUUCACACACAUUGUCCUUAUCAACUUCUAAUGCCGGAAGCGAUUGCAAUUGUGUGUUCCCCUAAAUAUAAUGAAACUGGUUAUUUCAAUCUCACGCCAGAAUAUGGUUUACAUUUUGUGGCCAAUUGCAGAAAAACCGGUUUUCAUCCACAUCCCACAGAACCACCACUAUUCCAGGUGGCGGAUCAUGUAAGGAUAGAAAAUAAUGCAGGCCUAGAAGUUCUUGAUCUUCGAAAAGUAUAGGUUUUCGACUGACAUUUAUUUAUUUAUUGCUUGUUGAUGUUUGAGAUAUAUUUAUAUUACCUACUAUUAUAAUUAUCGAGAUAAAUAUUAUACAUAGGUACAUUGUUUUCGAAUAAUAAAAUACAAUUUUUUACUACCACAGAUUAUUAAAUGCUUAU